AUGGUCCCGCCGCUUGUCAGCACCCGACGGAACAACAUAAAGAUGACAGAGUCAGAAUCGGGCGAGGAACCCCUCGCCGGCAUGGUCACUAGCGUCAUCCUUGCCAUGGUCUCUCUGGUUAUUAUUUCCAGUUUUCUGAUGGUUUUUGCCAUUUACGCCGAUUCCUUUUUGUUUGUGUUUGCUACUGCCAUCCUCCAAUUUGGCUUCGGCGUCGAUACCUCGGCAUCCAUCUGCGAGUCGGCCAUUUUAUUGUGUCUGGCCUGCUACGUUACGACGAAGCUUAUCUACAUGUUUCUUGUAGAAAAGGCGUUCAUCAUCCGAUCCGGAAGCAAGAAACUCCGGAUACACUCCAAGCUUUACCUCUUCAACACUAUCGUGGUGCUCGUCCUAUUCAGCGCCAUUGUCAUCCAGUGGGUGACUUCACGAGACAGUAUCGCUUCCAACAACGACUCCCAGACCAUGUCACAACAAAGACACAGCAACCACGGCGAGGAUGCUUACGGUCUCCGAACAUCACGACAGCAGGCCAACGGGGGGAUACUAGAGCAAAAGAACAACUCAUCAACAAACCGCGUGAGCAUCAACAGCAGCAGUAUCUCACCGCGGCCGACACCAAGCACCAAACCCAUAGUCGAUGAUAUAGGGGACAUUGCCCUGGACAGCACGGAUCCGAUGGAGUUGGACGACACCCCGACGACUAACAACAACGCCAAUAACCCCUUCAACGGGGAAAACCUGAGGCGCGCCGCUACUGAAGAUUCGGAUGAGAUUCGUAUGAUGCCACUGAGUCCCCGAAAGAGGGGUAUCAGCGACUCGGUAUCACCAUUAGUGUCCAGCAACCAGGUCUCCCCGACAGAGGUGCGCAUCGACGUCGACUACGGCUCCAGCCUCACCCAAGCUAACGAGGCCGAAGGGGUCAAGCUGGGAAACAGCGUCGUGAUUGCGACGGGCGGCCGCAGCGACGGACGCAGGCGCGGAAGAAGCUCGUCCCGGAGAUACGAAGACAACAGUGAUCCUUAG